AUGGACUUACCAAGACUCUGGCUUACCCUCACUGGACUGAUCAGCUAUCUCAUUGCCAAUAGCAUCUAUCGACUCUACUUUCACCCAUUAAGAAACAUCCCUGGUCCGAAAUUAGCAGCGGUCACCCACAUGUAUGAGUGGUACUAUGAUUUAUGCCUGGGAGGGAGAUACCUCUUUGAGAUCGAGCGAAUGCAUGAGAGAUACGGGCCCAUCGUGCGCAUCAACCCUCGCGAGAUCCACAUCAAUGACCCGCACUAUUACGACAAGAUCUAUGCCUCGGGCACCCAGAGGCGCAAUAAGGAUGCAAAAUACGUUUCCUUCACUGGCAUGUCCCUCUCCAGCACCUCGACAAUAGACCACGACCUCCACCGCUAUCGUCGGGGUCUCGUAAACAGUCUUUUCUCUAAGAAGUCUAUCCGUGGGCUAUCCCACCUGGUUGAAGAGAAGGUCCACAAGCUUAUGCAGCGCUUCGAAGCCUUGCACCAGACUAACGAAGUAGUCCGGGUCGCCGAUGCCUUCGCAGCUAUGACCUCUGCUGUCAUUACGCAUUACUGCUAUGGAAAAAGUUGGGACUAUCUCGAGGACGCGAAUCUGCGCACGGAUGUUCGCAAGACCGUUCACGAUCUCAGCUGUAGCGUUCAUUUCAAUCGCAUUUUUCCGAUUUUCAUUGCCACGCUCAAAAAGCUACCACUUCGGUUGUUGCGUGCGAUCCAUCCCGGAAGAUCAGUGGUACCAGAUAUACAGAAGGCGAUAUAUGAGCACAUUCCGCCUGAAGAACGGUCCCUCCAGCGUCUGCAGGAUGAAGGCCUUCUGCUCAUCAGUCCUGGGACAGAGACGACGGCCCGAGCGUCGACGGCUGCCUGUUUCCAUAUCGCAUCGGACGAGCAGAUGCGCACCCGAUUGAGAGAGGAGCGGAGGACUGUCCUGCCGAGCCCUACCAGCCAGGUUACCUGGUCCGAGCUGGAAAAGCUGCCUUAUUUAACUGGCACCGUGAACGAAUCCCUGCGUCUCGGCGGCUUCCUUACGGCCAGGUCCCCUCGCAUAGCACCCGACCAAACCCUAACUUACAAAGAAUACACCAUCCCACCAGAAACGCCAGUCAGCUCCUCAAGCUACCUUGGCCACAAAGACCCAAGCAUCUUUCCCAAGCCGGAGAAUUUCUCUCCCGAGCGAUGGAUCUACCCUGGCCGAAAGAACGAGCAUCUUUUCAAAUACAUUACCUCCUUCUCCCGAGGCAGUCGGAUAUGUGUUGGCAUGAACCUCGCAUUUCUCGGAAUUUACAUGACUCUUGCGUAUUAUGUACGGCGGUUUGAUAUUGAGUUGGUCAACACGACCGCCGAGGAUAUGAGGAUUGUACAGGAUAUGGGGGGGAAGGGGGGUUGA